CUCAAAAACCUUCACCUAGGAGACAUUUUGGUCAUAGCAAAGAGCAUUCACUUAAAGAAAAGACAGAAUUUUUUUAUGAAGAAGUGAGUUUUGAAAGGAGAAACCUCCACCCAAAAUGUCCAAGCAGAAGAAAAGUCUGGUUGCAAAACCUGAAAAUACAGAAUUUGGAGUUACAGUCCACACAGAAUGGGUCUCAGCCCUUCUCCUUUGGUCUUCAUUUACAUGGUCCAUGCUUUGCAUCCAUAUAGAAAUUAUUUAAACAUCCCAAGAUGUUUUUCCAUCUGUUUUUUUUUUCUUGUGCGGGCAUCUCAUCUUUGGUUCAGUUUAAAGCAUUCAUGAAGCAACGUUAUCAUGAGUUGGUGGUAGAGGAAUUCCUCCAGUGGGGCUUUGUGUUGGUGUGGUUACUUCUACUCACACCACAGGUGACACUGAGUAGACAAGAGCUCUGUUUUCAACCACGUGUCUUUGAAUUGAGCAUAGAAUUUAAGUUUUUGUGCUCCAUUUCUGUUGUUUUCUGCUGUUUCAGGUGGUCAGGUUUUGCUAUUUUGGGUUGCUUUUCUCCUCCAGCACCUGAUAUUCUUCCAGCCCUGGUGUCAGCAGCACAUUAAAGGAGCCUCCAUCACGACCACAAAACAACUGCACUGCGUGGUGAGGUGACUUUAUCCUCAUUUGUCUGUUUUCAAGCAUUUUAAACGAUUUUAAAAAUACUUCUGGCUCUCAUCCAAGGCUUCAGGACUAAGACACAGCUACCAGGAAAUGUCUCCACAGGCAUCGUCGUGAUAUCAGGGUUUCCUUGCACCUGAAAUUGUUCAAGUUUAUAAAGCAGAAGAGGAAUAAACGUUCGUUUUCUGGAAUGAGGAAUGUUCAUUUCUGAAAUGAAUCAAGAACAAUUUUUUUUUUCCUUUCAUGCUCUGUGCAAUAAUCCCUUUUCCAGUCCAUCAGAUUCAUGGUGGAACUGUUUUGGGUGGCUCUUUGGUGGCUCUUCGGAUGGUUCUUCCUCUGUGCUCACAGCCUGAUUUCUACCAGGAAUCCUGCAGGAAUAACAUGAAAAGAUGGAUAAUACAAAUAAUUACCCAAACUUUCAACACACAGCUAUAAGGCUUUUGCCCUUCAGAUGCUGGAGACGUUUGGGAAUUUUCCAGAAGGCAAACGUGCAGACAUGAAAAGAGUGCAGAAGUUGGAAAAGUAGAAAAUUGGCGUUGAGUGAAGUCAGCUAGCGGGUCAAACUGGAAACAAUCCAAUUUACGAUGUAGAAAUGAGUUACUGAAGCUUGUAGUGUUGGGAUAUGCACAACUGGGCAGGCUUCCGCAUCCAUUGGAGAUUAAGUCCUGGUUUGUGGUAGAGGUAUAGUAGUUUCUUGCCCUUUUCCCAGCUUCUAUUUACUUUUAUAUAGCUUGGAAUGAUGAAGAUGAGGGUACAGAAAGGGCAGAUCCAGGUUGUGCCUGUAAAAAUGAGAGCAAAUACCCACACGUUCCUGUCUGCUCUUUAUGGGCACCCUUGCGUUGAUGUUGGUCACCCGGCUGCUUGUUUGCCCACUUAGGAAUGCAUGGCCCAUAGUUUCAGUUUGAGUGGUAUUGCCCUGGUUCAAGCAUUUUUCCUCCUAAAGAAAGCAGUGUCAGAAGCAUCGCUCAUUUUGCAGUCUGGUUUCCUGGGGAGCUGAGCAUUGGCUACGCUUUGUCACAUAUAUUCUGGUAGUAUUUCUCUUAUGAGGAUAAAUACUUCUUUAUUUCAAUGGAAAGCACUUUAUGUUGUAUGGCACCGUGGGGAAAACAGCAGUGAACCACUUCAGACAAAGAAAGCCUAGUGGUUUGGGAAAAGCAUGGCUUGCUGUGCUGCUCCAUUAAGGUUUUGCCUGAAAUCUCCCUUGUUCCCCCCAUUUUUCUGUCGUGAUAACAAAAUAAGUUCAUUAGAAGAAGAUUAUGCUGGAUUUGGUUGGAUUUCCAACCAAAAUACUUCGUGUUGCUUCAAUUCAUCUUGGCAUCUCAGACCCUUCCUUACUGGAUGUAUUUGAAUUGAUGCUUUUUUGGGUGGUUCUAACAUUGUAGUGACUUGUAAGAAGGGCUGAGUAACACCUGGUUCCAUGGUGAGUUGGAUUGUGAGUGGGAAGGUGGUUGGAGCUUUAACCUCCAUAGGUUUGUGAUGGUCUCACAACUGCAUUUCAGCAGAUUGGAGCUCCCCUAGUGCAUGCCUACCUAGGAAACAGCCUAAACUCAUCUGUUGGGAACCCAAAUUGAGUUUAUCCAUACAGUUUAAGAACACUUAGGGCUUCUCAUAGUGUUUCCCAGGUAAAAAACUCACUUUUCUGGAUAGGAGAUGCCAAAAUAAGAGUCUGUUCCACCAUGAAGUUGGUAGCUCUUAGUGAAGCCAUUCAUUUUGUGAUUCUCGCUAUUAGAAUUAUAAGAGAGAAACCAGAUUGGGUUUGGCGUGUUUGGCAUUUUGAGAAGUUCAAUACCACUUUUGGAAAGGUCUAGCUGGAUUUCUUUGUACUGGGAAUUGAGAAACCAUUCCCAAAUGCCUAGGUUGGAGUUAUCUUAGGAGGACAAAGGCUGCUGCGAAAAGAACCAUCGCUGUGCAAUCCCAUACGUGGAGCAAACCCAUCCUAAAGCCCUGGACCUGCUGGCUGGAAGCUGUCCAUUGAGCAAGAGGAUGUGACUGCCCACAGCCAUUUUGUACCUAUUGAUGGAAGAACACGGCGUGACUCAAACAGAACACAUGGCCACCAUCGAGGCCCACGCAGUGGCCCAGCAGGUGCAGCAGGUCCACGUGGCCACCUACACAGAGCACAGCAUGCUGAGCGCCGACGAGGACUCACCUUCUUCACCUGAGGACACGUCCUAUGAUGACUCUGACAUCCUCAACUCCACAGCUGCCGACGAGGUGACGGCCCACCUGGCUGCAGCAGGCCCUGUAGGGAUGGCAGCAGCUGCUGCUGUGGCAACGGGGAAGAAACGGAAGCGACCACAUGUUUUUGAAUCCAACCCAUCCAUCCGUAAGAGGCAGCAGACACGUUUGCUACGGAAGCUCCGUGCCACGCUGGAUGAGUACACCACCAGAGUGGGGCAGCAAGCCAUCGUCCUGUGCAUCUCACCCUCCAAACCCAACCCUGUCUUCAAAGUUUUUGGAGCUGCACCCUUGGAGAAUGUGGUACGCAAGUACAAGAGCAUGAUUCUGGAAGACCUGGAGUCAGCGCUGGCAGAGCAUGCUCCUGCACCUCAGGAGGUUAACUCAGAGUUACCACCCCUCACCAUUGAUGGCAUUCCAGUCUCAGUGGACAAGAUGACCCAGGCACAGCUGCGAGCGUUCAUCCCAGAAAUGCUGAAGUAUUCCACGGGUCGUGGGAAGCCAGGCUGGGGCAAGGAGAGCUGCAAACCCAUUUGGUGGCCUGAGGACAUUCCCUGGGCCAACGUCCGAAGUGAUGUGCGCACGGAGGAGCAGAAGCAGCGGGUGUCAUGGACCCAAGCAUUGAGGACUAUCGUGAAGAACUGUUACAAGCAGCAUGGGCGUGAGGACCUGCUCUACGCAUUUGAGGAUCAGCAAACACAGCAACAGACCACAACCACACACAGUAUAGCACACCUGGUGCCCUCACAGACAGUGGUACAAACCUUCAGUAACCCUGAUGGCACUGUGUCCCUCAUCCAGGUUGGUACUGGUGCCACAGUUGCCACACUGGCAGAUGCCUCCGAGCUGCCUACCACAGUUACCGUCGCACAAGUCAAUUAUUCUGCAGUGGCUGAUGGAGAGGUGGAGCAGAACUGGGCAACGUUACAAGGGGGUGAGAUGACCAUCCAGACAACGCAGGCAUCGGAGGCCACGCAGGCAGUAGCAUCGUUAGCAGAAGCAGCAGUGGCAGCAUCUCAGGAGAUGCAGCAAGGAGCAACUGUUACCAUGGCACUUAACAGUGAAGCAGCUGCCCACGCCGUAGCCACACUGGCUGAAGCCACUCUUCAGGGUGGAGGACAGAUCGUCCUAUCUGGUGAAACUGCAGCAGCAGUAGGAGCACUCACUGGAGUCCAAGAUGCCAAUGGCAUCCUAGCAGCAGACUAUUCAGGCUACAAGUGGAGCCUAGCAGAGAGUUUAUCAGCAAAGCCAGCUGAUCAAGGAAGCUUAGAAGGGUUAUUCGUUAAGCUUUCAUCUCUGGAGCAUGGCCUCGUGCAGAUCCCCGUCAGCAUGUACCAGACUGUGGUCACCAGCCUGGCACAGGGCAAUGGCCCCGUGCAGGUGGCAAUGGCACCGGUCACCACACGGAUAGCAGACAGUGCCGUCACCGUGGAUGGGCAGGCAGUGGAAGUGGUAACUUUGGAACAGUGACCAUAACCCGCAGCAGGAUCAAGAUGAUUUAUUUUUAUUUUUUGGGGUUGUUUUUUUUUUGUUUUUUUUGUUUUUUUUGUUUUUUUUUUUCUCCUCGUCUCUUAUGCGAAUAAAUUUUUUUAACGCCUAUCCAGAGAUGCAAUCAGGUGGCAUUGAGUCUCUCCGCUUCGGAAGCAAAAAGAGUUUUGUUGACCAUUUUUAACGAAAAAUAACGAAGGAUGCGUGUGUUAAGUGUGUCUUUAUAGCACCACUGAUCACACUGGAGCAAGAAGCCCAACGCAGACGGGACUUCCAUUCUGAAGAGGUUAGAAAGGAGGAAAAAAAAAGAAACACACGCACAUGCAAAAAAUGCAACUCCUUGGGCCCCUUUCCUCCCACGACAGAUCAGAGCAGGGGAGCAUGGAUGCUCCCACAUGGGGUGAAUUAGGUUUCGAAGAUUUUAACGUGGACUUUUAUAUUAAAAAAUUA